AUGUCUCGCGUCAUCGUCGUCGGUGGCGGCCUCUCCGGCCUCAGUGCCGCUCACACUCUCUACGAGCGUGGUGCCAACGUGCUCGUCCUUGACAAGAACCCCUUCUUCGGUGGUAACUCGACCAAGGCCACUUCCGGUAUCAACGGUGCCGGUACCGCCACACAAUCUGAGCAGGGCAUCCCAGACUCGGCCAAGACCUUUUUCGAAGACACAAAAAAGUCGGCUCGUGACUUGGCUCGAGACGACUUGAUCAAGGUCCUCACCGGCAAGUCUGGUGAUGCCGUCAACUGGCUCAUGGACCGCUUUGCCCUCGACCUUUCCAAGAUCUCGCGUCUCGGCGGUCACUCGCAGCCCCGAACCCACCGUGGUGGCGCCCAGUUUCCUGGUAUGACCAUCACCUAUGCUCAGAUGGAGAAACUCGAGGACCUCGCCGAGGCCGAGCCUGACCGUGUCCAGAUUCUCCGCAAGGCCCGUGUCACCAAGCUUUUCCACGAGAACGGCGAGGUGACCGGUGUCGAGUACGAAUAUCAGGGCCAGUCUCACCGCGAGAAUGGUCCCGUUGUCCUUGCCACCGGUGGAUACGCCGCCGACUUUGACGAUGUCAACUCGCUCCUCAAGAAGUACCGUCCCGAUCUCGUCCACCUGCCCACCACCAAUGGCGAUCACUGCACUGGUGAUGGUCAGAAGAUGGUUGCUUCCAUCGGCGGUCGCCUCAUCGACCUCGAGAAGGUGCAGGUGCACCCUACGGGUCUUGUCGACCCCAAGGAUCCCGAUGCCAAGGUCAAGUUCCUGGCUGCCGAGGCUCUGCGUGGUUGCGGUGGUCUGCUCAUCGACAACGAGGGCAACAGAUUCGCCGACGAGCUCGGUCACCGUGACUACGUCACUGGUCGCAUGUGGGACAACAACAAGUUCCCCGUGCGCCUCAUUCUCAACGAACAGGCCUCCAAGGAGAUUGAGUGGCACUGCAAGCACUACGCCGGUCGUGGCCUCAUGAAGCGUUUCGACAGCGCAAACGACCUCGCCAAGGAGAUGGGCAUUUCCGCCGACAAGUUGAAGAGCACCUUCCAAGACUACGAGGCCAUCGCCAAGGGUGAAAAGAAGUGCCCCUGGGGUAAGAAGUUCUUUUCCAACUCGGACCUGCGCAUGAACCAGGCCUUCUACGUGGCGCUCAUGACGCCCGUCCUGCAUUACACCAUGGGCGGUCUCGAGAUCGACCCCGAGUCGCGCGUCGUCGACAACCAGGGCAAAGCCAUUCCCGGCCUGUUUGCCUGCGGUGAGAUUGCCGGUGGUGUGCACGGUGCCAACCGUCUGGGCGGCUCGUCGCUUCUGGGAUGUGUCGUGUUUGGUCGUGUCGCCGGUGACUCUGCCUCUAGCUACUUGCUGCGCAACUUGGCUACGGGCAAAGCUACGGCGCGCUUGGGUCAGAUCUCGAACCACUUCGAGACGCGUGUACGUGCCGAUCCCAACUCGAAGACCAUCACGCUCGAGUUCGGGUUUGGCGACAGUGCUUCUUCGGCUUCGGGCGCUCAGCAGCAGCAGCAGAACUCGGCCGUGCCCUCUGCCGUAGCUUCGGGCCAGCCCGCUCAGACGGACAAGGCAGUGCAGCAAGCGGGCAGCGGUGCGGCUGCCCAGCAGACCAUCGAGGAGAAGGAGUACACCAUGGACGAGGUGGCCAAGCACACCUCUGAGGACGACGUCUGGGUCGUCGUGGAGGGACAGGUGCUCAACGUGUCGGGCUUCCUCGACGACCACCCGGGUGGCAAGAAGGCCUUGAUGCUGUACGCUGGCCGCGACGCUACCGAGGAGUUCUUGAUGCUUCACGACCGCAAGGUGAUCCAGAAGUAUGCGGCUGACACAGUCAUUGGCCGCGUCAAGGCCUGA